AUGUCCCCCUCGCUUUACCCCCGGGAGGAUGCUCUCAACAAGAGCUUUGGGGCUCAUCCACUCAAGGCCCGCGAUGUCGACGGCCAUCGGCUCGCAAUCCGACCGGAGCUGUGCGUGGCCUACUCGAUUGUCGACGACGGUAAGGACAAAGUGCAGAAGCUAAGCGCCGAGGCAACCAAGGAGUUUGAAAAGGCAACGGCGGCAGCCAAGGCCAAGUCGGGCGGCAUCGAACUGUACUCGGGCUCGUACUAUGCAGCCUGCACGUUUGGCGGCCUGCUGGCAUGUGGCCUCACGCACACGGCUGUCACGCCGCUCGACCUGGUCAAGACGCGGCGGCAAGUGGACGCGAGCCUGUACCGGAGCAACGUGCAGGCAUGGGGCCACAUCUACCGGGCAGAGGGCGUGCGUGGCAUCUUCACGGGCUGGAGCCCAACCCUGUUCGGCUACUCGGUACAGGGAGCCUUCAAGUACGGCUGGUACGAGUACUUCAAAAAGUCGUACUCGGACGUGGUCGGGCCCGAGCGAGCCCAUCGCUACAAGACGAGCGUGUAUCUGGCAGCAUCGGCGUCGGCCGAGUUUCUGGCCGACAUUGCGCUGUGCCCGUUUGAGGCCGUCAAGGUGCGCAUGCAGGGCAGCCUGAAGUCGCCGUAUCGCGGCACGCUCGACGGGCUGCGGCAGAUCACGGCAGCCGAGGGCGUGGCCGGGCUGUACAAAGGCCUGUACCCGCUCUGGGGCCGUCAGAUCCCGUACACGAUGAUGAAAUUCGCCUCGUUCGAGACGAUCGUCGAGAUGAUCUACGCACGGCUGCCCGGCCAGAAGAGCGACUACAGCAAGGCUGCCCAGACGGGCGUCUCGUUCGGCGGCGGCUACCUGGCCGGCAUCCUUUGUGCCAUCGUGUCGCAUCCGGCCGAUGUGAUGGUCAGCAAGCUCAACGCGUCGCGCAAACCCGGUGAGGGCUUCGGCCUGGCCGUCUCGCGUAUUCACGCCGACAUUGGCUUCCGUGGUCUCUGGAACGGCCUGCCGGUGCGCAUCGUCAUGAUCGGCACCCUGACCGGUCUGCAAUGGAUGAUUUAUGACUACUUCAAGAUCUUCAUGGGCUUCCCGACCACCGGCGGGGCUCCUCCACCGAAAAAGGAGUAG